CUUCAUAGUACCACAACAUGGCGGAACUCAUGGCUAGCUCCAUUAUGGGAGAUGCGCAGAAGCAGAUCUUCGGAGAGGAAGAGAAAAAACCUAAGGUUAAAAAAACAACUAUCAGAGACGACCUGAUGAAGGAGCGAAACCUGGACGCAUCAAUGCAUGACGAAGAAAGACAGGCGAGGAAUGCGGCGAAAGAUAAGCGAGCAGUGGAUAUGAGAGCGAAGUAUAAUUUAGCCGAGCCCGAGUCUCCGAAGAAGCAGAAGAAGUCUACCGAGAGUAUACCGCCUGCGGAUGGGGAUGGCAAGGAGAAGACCAAGGGAGGCAAGAAGUGGUGGAAGCGGAAAUAGCUCAGAUCAUCCGAU